AAGCUGUACGUUUUUGCAAAUAAGGAACAAACUGCAAAUAAUUUACUAAAGAACAAAACGGAAAAACUGUAAUUAAGGAAAAUGAAAUUCCUAAUUGUGAUGCUGGUUCUCAUUUCCCAUGGCGAGGGCUGGACGCCCUCGAAAAAGACUGGACUCUGUACGCGGACUUCGUUCUGCGGACGUGGGAUUGGAGAUGACAUCGUCACCAAGAUCGACGAGGAUAACUGGAUGCAGUUGCUCGAAGCCGAGUGGCUGUUCCUGCUCUGCCCGGAAACCCAGACGGACUGUCAGGACCUGAACCUGAACCUCUACAGGCUGGUUACCGGUUCGGAACCCUGUCUAUAUGUGGGAGUGGCCUUUGCCGAUCUCUCCAUGCCGUCGACGCUGCGCCGCCGCUUUUCGGCCUUCGACAGGGAAACCCUAUACCUGUACCAUGUCAUCGAUGGGCACUUCCGUCGGCUGAGCUCCGCCCAGGACCACGUGUCCUUGCAAAAUCUCCUCAGCGAGGAGGCAUGGGAGGAGAUUCGCCCAGUGCCGUUCUGGAAGCAUCCCACAUCCACUCGGAUCUGCCUCUCGGUACUCGCCUAUAGGCUUGCCACGGGUUACAGUGGCCAGUGUUAUAGGGUUGUCACCUACACCAUUGCCUUUCUGAUUGCCGGCAUUCUGACCUAUAGCGGGUAUGCCAUUUACAUCCUAUGGUGUUCGAUCACCGGCAGGUAUAACUCCAACAAGAAGCCUGGUCAUCCGGUACGUGGAGAACAUGAGUAG